AUGGUUGUGUUGUUUGCAGAGAUUGAAGCCAGGGAGGCCUGUGAUUGGCUGAAAGCAGCGGGAUUCCCCCAGUAUGCCCAGUUAUUCAGAGACGGAAAAUUCCCCAUUGAUCUGCAGUGGGCCAAGCAGGACCACGCUUUCUUGGACUCCGAUGCAGUUGACUCACUCUGCAGGAGAUUAAAAACUCUGAACAAAAGUGCAGAGCUGAGGCUGGAGCUGCGUCGAUCCAAACGAAGGCAGGUGGAGAGCGAUGAUGAGGACUUCUGUGCACUGAGCCCGAUCUGGAGCUACGACCGGACCUCCCGAAAGUGGAACCGCGACAAAUCCUGCACCGACUGUAACAUGGCCUUCACCUUCAGCUCUUACCACAGCAUCAGCUACAGUUCCUGCAGUUCAGACAGCGACGCCCAGGACCACACGUCUGCUCCGGCCUGGGGAAUAUCGCCCUCACUGUCCCCCAGGAUUACGGCUCCAUCCCCGGGCACACGCUCCAGCGGCUGCCCCUCCCCUGGGUCGUCUGGCGUGAGCUUAGACGGGAGCUUGGAGCGGUCGCGCAGGAAGAACGGCACAAGUUUGUUGAGGAAGAUCGAUAAGCUGAAGCUGAGGAGGACGUUAGGGGGUUUUGGGCGGAGUCUGGGGAGCUCUGUGGAGGAGGACGACACGCUGCAGUGCACAGACAGUCCACAGAGUCCCAACAGCCCGGCGUCUUCCUGCCCUUCAUCUCCUCAAACUAGCAGCCAAUCAGAGACCAGCAGUCGCAGUCACAGCCAAUCAGAAAGUAGCAGUCUUGUGAGCACGCCGAGCCCUGUGACCCGAGUCCGCAGCAACAGUAAAAGAGGGAUAAGCUUCGAAACAUCAAACAACCAGAAGGACCAGCAGGACUACCCAAUCCAAAAUAACGUACAUUCCGGCUCGGGCCUUGGCAUCCUGCUGGGACACAAAGGAGGGACUUUACCCAAUCUCAGAGACCGGAUCUUGGACCAGGACUCUGUGAAUUGGAGAACUGGUAGUUUCCAUGGAUACCAGAGGAGAUGUGGCAGUAGGCGGCGCAAUGGCACCUCUUCCUUGUCAUCCACCAAUGAGAAGGCUCAGAGCUGUGACGUCCUUGUCACAGAGCCUCGCCUUAGCAUCUAUGACAACGUUCAACCGGUGAUGGAGAGUGAGUGCACUGAGGCGUUUGGUCGACUGGGCUCUGAUGACGUCUUCUCUGCUCUGGACCGAGUGUUGGAGCGAAUCAGUGACCUGCAGCAGCUGGUCUCCUCCUGGACACAAGACCUGUCUGAGGACCAGGACUGUCUCCAGAUCCAAACCUCUGUGGACCAGGACUGUCUCCAGAUCCAGACCUCUGUGGACCAGGACUGUCUCCAGAUCCAAACCUCUGUGGACCAGGACUGUCUCCAGAUCCAGACCUCUGUGGACCAGGACUGUCUCCAGAUCCAGACCUCUGUGGACCAGGACUGUCUCCAGAUCCAGACCUCUGUGGACCAGGACUGUCUCCAGAUCCAAACCUCUGUGGACCAGGACUGUCUCCAGAUCCAGACCUCUGUGGACCAGGACUGUCUCCAGAUCCAGACCUCUGUGGACCAGGACUGUCUCCAGAUCCAAACCUCUGUGGACCAGGACUGUCUCCAGAUCCAAACCUCUGUGGACCAGGACUGUCUCCAGAUCCAAACCUCUGUGGACCAGGACUGUCUCCAGAUCCACAGUUCUAAAGAUGAAGGCCACAGCUCUGACGACCAGGACUGUACCCAGAUCCAAAACUCUGAUUCCACAGAGCUGAUCCACGAGACGUUCAUGAACCAGGGCCAAGGUGAGGACCCGAGAUCUGAGGGAGGACGGGCUGACAGAACCAGCAGUGAGGAUGGCCCCAUGUCCUGCUGCACUAGCUCCGCUUCAGUCCAGACUCUGUCCUGGUGCAGUCUGGCCCUUCUGCAAAAACUGGCUCUGCUCCGUCUCACAGCUCUCAUGGACAAGUACUCUCCCUCCAGCCGCCAGGGGUGGAGCUGGACUGUGCCCAAACCCCAGAGGAAGUGUAAAGGGACAGAGGUCAAAGGUAGCAGGGUGUUUGGGGUCCCCCUGCUGGUGAACAUGCAGCAGACUGGAGAACCGCUGCCCCCUAGUGUCCUGCGGGCCAUGGUGUACCUGCGCAACGAGUGUCUGGAUCAGAUGGGGUUGUUCCGUAAGUCCGGGCUGAAGUCCAGGAUCCAGGCUCUCCGGGAGCAGCUGGAGUCUGGUCCAGACCAGCUCUCCUUCUCCGGACUCUGUGCCUUUGACGUGGCAGACCUGAUCAAACAGUACCUCCGCGACCUGCCAGAACCACUGCUCAGCUCCAAACUCAACCACACCUUCCUGGACAUUUACCAGUACUUCCCUCAGGAGGUGCAGCUGGACGCGGUGCAGUCGGCCAUCUUGCUCCUACCGGACGAGCAGCGCGAGGCUCUGAGGACACUGCUUUUCUUCCUGUGUGACGUUGUGUCCAGUUCGCAGGAGAAUCACAUGACCCACACCAACAUGGCCGUGUGUCUGGCCCCGUCACUGUUCCACCUCAGCGCAGGACGGACUGACACGCGCAGGAACAGACUCGCUGGUGUCUGUGUGUCCAGACCAGGCCAGAGGAAGUCCAGUCUUGGUCCAGAGCAGAAAGAGCUGAGUGAGAACCUGGCCGCCACCCAGGGCUUGGCCCACAUGAUCUCAGAGGCGCACACUCUCUUCCAGCUUCCCGGCUAUUGGACCGGUCCCACCUCCACCUGUUCUGAAUCCGAUGAAGGGCUGCGGUCAAACUCAUCAAGUUUCUAUGGAGAUGAGGCUGAGGGGGAGGGGCUAAACGAGUGUCAACUGAAGCUCCAGAUGAACACAGAGACUCUGCUGAAACUGAGCCGAGACCAGGAGCAAGUCUGGACCAGUUUCACAACCCCAGAUGGGCUGCAGCUGGACUACAGAAAGUGUCCAGACCUCAGCUCUCUGCCUUUAUGGAGAGCCCGCCUGGAGCUGGACGUCCCUCCUGCUGUGGUGCUGAGAAGGAUCCUGUCUGAGCGCGCCCAGUUUGACCCUCGUCUGCAGAGGGCCUCCAGUCUCAGCCCCCUCGGCCCUCACUCAGACCUGCACCAGUACCACAUCCAGAGCCAGGGCCACGAGCUGCGUUCCAUCGCCCCCACUGUCUACAGCCUGCUCAGGUCUUGGCAGCCUGACUCCUCCUGCGGGCCCCUGUAUGUGUCCUCUGUGUCCGUCCCCCAACAGGACGUCCCAGAGACCGUCCGUGUGCACUGCUGCAUGUAUCUACUGGAGCCUCAAGGGGACAAAAAGACUACGCUCACCCACCUCUGCAGCACGGAGUACCGGGGGCGCUCUAUGGAGUGGCACGUCAAAGUGAGUGGACACCUUUUGGCCAAUGAGCUGCUGUCGAUACGAGACUCUUUCGAACAGUGA